ACAAUUUUUCAAAAUCUCUUUUUUUUCAAAAUUAACAUCCCCAAAAAAAUCUUUUAAAAAAUUAUUGUAAAAUUUUAAAAGCCAACAAAUAAACUCCUUGCUUGAAAAACAUUGGUUUUUAGUUCUCUUAAAAAUAAAUACAAAUUUUCAAAAGUUGCUACCCUCGCUUCGCUUGAGCUUAUUGCAUACCCGUUUUUUUUUCAAAACCGGUUUCCUUAAAGGACAGGUUUUUAAGCCUUUCGAAAUGAAAUUUUCAAAAACGUUGACCCUUGCCUCACUAGGGCCAACCGGUUUCUUGUUUCAAAUUUUGUAAAAAAAAUCCAAAACAUGAAAUCAAAAUUCUUAUUAUAAGUCAUCCAAUAGGCAAAAUUAGUAGGUACAUACAUAUUUGUUCUUUGUAGCAGUGGACAAAUUUUCAGUUGAAUCCUCCUCCUUCACCUCCCCAUAAAAAAAAACCUUUACAUAGUUUCAUUCCUAUAGAAAUUAGGCCAAACUAUAUUUGCCCCAGAAUUUUAUGACGGGUCAUGAACUUAAAUAGUGCAAAGAUAUUCGUUUUAAAUAAAAUUUAUAACUCUUUUUGAAAUAUUUCUACAAAAAUGAUGUAUAACCAAAAUGAACACCACUACCUCAGUGACCAUUGUGCUAGUAUUCAUGCUGUUUAAAAUCCAAUAUGGGUCAUUCCAAUCUAUCGAAUGUAUGGAAAAAAUAAACGAAGAUUUUGAAGACGUAGUGAAGAGAAAAUACUUUGUUGACAAAUCGGAUCUGUUGAAAGAAAUUUUAAGCGAUGCUACAGAUAGGAGUACUUGGAUUCUAAAUUUUCCCAAGGGAUUUGGAAAAACCACCAAUAUGAAUAUGAUAAGAAAAUUCGCUGAAAUAGAAAUGAAUGCAGAGGGUUCACCAAUUACUCAAAAUUUAAUAAACGUUACCAACACUCCAAAUUAUGAAUUUUUCACCCGGAAGUACGAUUUUGGAUAUUUUAACAUUGCAAAUGACAGUGAUUUCAUGCGCAGACAUUUUGGGGCAUAUCCUGUUAUCUAUAUGGAUUUCAGAACAACAAGACCCAUUCAAAACUAUACAGAUGUAGUUGAAAUUUGCCGACAAAAAAUUCACCAGGCCUUCCUUCAACAUCAGUACUUGUUGAAUAGUAAGAAUCUGGACUACGACUACAAAGAAAACUUCAAAGUAUGGAUACAGAAAUCACAGCUCAGUCAACUUGAUAAAUACUCCGUUAUAGAAGGUCUUCAGAAAUUGAUAGAGCUUUUAUAUAUGCAUUUUCAACAACGAGUAAUUGUAUUGAUCGACGAAUAUGAUGCGAUUGUUCAAAGUUAUUUAACGGGACAAGACAUUGUGAAUGAACCACUCCAGACAAUUUUCAAUCCUUUCAUGGAUAUGCUUGGUAGUGCUCUAAAAGAUCAAGUCAGACUGAGAGUCGCUGUGCUCACUGGGUUGACAAGUAUUUCAAAUGCUAGAAUUAAGGAGAAUGUGCCUAAUAUAGAAAUACAUCGCUUCGGCAGAGAAGAGAUGACCAAAUUCUGGAAAUAUUAUGGUUUCACCUCUGAAGAUCUGGAUCGUUUAUUCAGUAUAUCACCAUUUAAACUCAACUCUACCGUAAGAGAUCAAGUCGAAAAGUAUUAUGGUGGUUAUUUAAUCAAUAAUGUGCACAUUUACAACCCAACUUCAAUAAUUCAGUUUUUCACAAAUGAAGAAAUCAAACCAUUUUGGAAUAUGGAAAGCCAAAGUAUAAUAAAUACAUUUUGGGAAACAUUGUUGAUAAUAGACGUACGAUUGAAAAUAUUCAAUCUUAUUGAUAACCAAAACGUAACGAUUAAAAAUUUGGGGAAUGUAGACAUUGAGGACCUUCUCUAUUUAAAAGGGCUUUUGGAAACAAAUAGUUUGAAAGCUGAUACUACUGGGCGAUCAAAAAGAAACAUAUUUUUUAACUUUUUAUUAGACCUGGGAUAUUUAAAGAUAACUUGGCAGAAUCACACCUAUUGGCGGUAUCCGGCCUACUUGAAUGUGACCAUACCAAACUUGGAAAUUCGUGAUGAUAUGAUAAGACUAUUGAAGGAGUAUGAAAUGUCGACACCCUGCAGCGACGAAGAGCUCAUACUCCAAGACAAAAUUUUCCAACAUUUGCAAUCCUUAACAGCCGAUAAUCACACAUAUCAUCUUCAAGAGAUUACUAGUGCAUUAAAUAAACUUUCCAAGCUCGCCAUGCCUUUUAAUCCGUCCUUCAAGAAGGAAACUGUACUAACUGUUAUGCUACAUUGGCCAUUUUUGAUCCAGGGUAUUCGUUGUUACUCACAAGUUUCUGUAGAAGGACAUUCUGGUUGUGUGGACCUGCUGGUGAAAAGUUUAGCCAAUGUUUACAUAAUUAUCAAGACAAAAUAUAAUGGCACAUCUUCUGAGGCAUUAACCCAAACAAAUCAAUAUGUAUCGGUCUUGGAUGACUCAGAUUACAAACAAACCCAAAACUGUGUUUUACAGAUGGGUAUUAAUGUAUGUGAUGACUAUAAAAUUACAGUGUCAGCAAUUCUUAAUAUCACUAAUGGUACAUCUUAUGGUCCAUAUCACUUCCCUUCGUUUCCUAGUACAACCACUAUAAAAAAUGACUUCCGCUCCGAAAUUUCAAAGAGUAAAAUCAUGCCCUUGAAGAAAAGAAGACUCUGACUCAACAUGCUCUCAAAGAGGAUCAGAAGACGCAGUUGAAUAUUUUUAGAUUAUUAAAGUUGAAAAAUAUAUUAUUAAAAUAAAAAAUAUAAAAAUUAAUAUAAAAAAAUGAUAUACUUACGUAUGAAAAAUAUUAUUUCAGAAAUAGGUAUACCUACUGAAUUAUAUUACCUAUUAUUUAUGUAUUUAUUCAACGUAGCUUCUGCAAAUGUUUUUAUAAAAAAUAUAAUUUUUCAAUUCAUAAUUAACUAUAGCGAUAGCUAAUUUCUAUAAGUCUAUAAUGGUAAAUAUAAUUUUUAAGAUGUGUAUUUUUAAUGUUGAUAGGUAAUAAAAAUUAC